AUGAAUAAGAUUAAGAAAUUAAAUGUUCGUAGUAACCUUUUAACUAGUUUAAAGUUUUUGGGCAAUCUAGAGAAUUUAGAAGAGCUAGAAUUAGAAGAACUAAUCGAAUCAGCUAGAGAAAAUCCUCAGAGAUUGUUGAAUGAAAAUGAGAAAUUAAAAGAAGAGUUAGAAUUUUUCCAGCAAAAAUACGACACUUUAAAAAAAACUCUAGAGUCAUUUUCAAAGGAAAUACAAGAACAAAUAAAAGAAAAAGAGAUUAACGAACUGGAUAAUGAAAUAGAAAAAACAGAAGCUAAGGCUAAAGAAUUAGCAAAAAUAAUAAAUACACAAGAACUAGUCGCUAGUUUAGAAGACAAACUAAAAAAAUUAAAAAGAAUCAAAGAAGAAAGAACAAUUGAAUUACGUGAUUUGAAAAAGAGAAAUCAAGAACUGGAACAAAAAUUAAAAGAACAAAUUGCUCUCUGUCAAAAAAAAGAAAUAGAGCAAAAAUCUAAAGAAUUAGAAACGAAACUUGAUGAAGCCAAGAAAAAAGAAUAUAAAUUAGAAGGAGAAUUAGCGGCUGUUAGGGAUGAAGUCAAACAUUUAAGAAGUUUGCGAGAAAAACAAGGAAAUCAAUCUAACGAGAGUUUGGUUGGCACGUUGAUCAACCAGUUGAGAGAAAAACGAACCUUAACUCUCGAAGAAGCCAAACAAAUCAAUAAUUACCUAAAGACCAAAAAAGAUUUUCUUCUUGCCCGACAAGAAACCAUUAGUAAAUUAAAAAUCUGUUGCAAUGAAUUAGAUAAAUUUAUCGAGGGAAAAUAUGCUACUAUUAAUGAACUAGGUAAUGCUAUAAGCAAUGCGGGAGGAACCAUUGCUGAUGUAGUAACUCUUGGUAUCCCCAGAGUAGCAGGAGAGGCAGUUAUUUUAGUGAAUAAUGUCUUCAAGAUAAGAUUCUCUGCUAAGCAUAGUAAAGAAUUUCAAGUUUUCCUCGAGAAUGAGGAAGAAGAAUUAACUCAACUCGAUAGUGUUUGUAAAGCUUUAACUAACAUCCUAAAUUUAAAUGAUGAAGCUAAGCCGUUUAAUACUGACUGUAAGAUUUUUGAUGUUCUCACCGACGAGGGCAUUUGGGAAGGAAGGUUCUUGAAUUCCGAGAGAAUGGAAACAGCAGUAAAAACGCUUAAUAAAAACCUUAAAACAUUAAAAAUUGAGCAGGAAGAAGAAAUCAAAGAACUCCAAAGCCAGUUUGGUAAGGACAAGAUAAAUCUUAGCCUUGCUCAGAAAGAGGAUUUACAAAGCCAAACUCAGGCUAAAGAAACAGAGCUAACAAAACUUAUUAAUUCUGCUAAAUUUAAACUAAAAAGCAACAGCAAAUUUUCGGAUACUAAACGUCAAGAAAGAGAAGAAAAAUCAGCAGUGUUCUUUAAAAAUCUUCCUACUAAUCCAGAAGAAUUUAUCAAAAGUUUAGAAAAUAUUAAAGCCGGAUUGAGUAAAAAACUAACUAAUGAAGAAAUAAAUAGUCUUUGCCGAACUAGUCAGGAAUUAAGGCAAUUAGAAUUGGAUUUACAAGAUCAACAGCAAGCCCAAAUACUCCAGCCCACUAACCCGCCUUACGGCACUCCCAGUUCCACUCGGUGA